AGAGAGAGAGAGAGAGAAGGUUGUGCACGAUUCACUGUCUUCUCUAGGAUACAGAUCGCUUCUCUCCUCGUCUCAGUGCUCCUCUCUCUUCCCACUCAAGUAUUUCUGAUCCGUCUCUCCUGCACAACAACUCUGAGGAUGACUUCUCCAGAAACCUCCAGCCACAGAUGCCUGUUCUUCAGCUCAUGGCUUCCCAGGACGACUCGACACUCUUGGGCUUCCCUCGUGCGGACCUGCCCUCUGUAAAGUGGAUCCAAAGCAGAACAGCAGCUCAAGCCGGUCUCCUUUAGGAAAGGAGACGUUGAUUCAGACCUGGUCUAUCAGCUUACAAGCACACAAAGAACAAGACCUUCAGCGCUGAAGCUUAGAGGAAGUGCAGACAAUCAUUUGUAAAGAUGGAGCAGGAGAUUUCAAAAGUGCAGCGUAAGAUGUCAGACCUGGAGUCAGUUCUGCAGCAGAAGGACGUGGAGCUCAAGGCUUCAGAAACCCAAAGAACCAUCUUAGAACAAGACUUGGCCACCUAUAUCACCGAAUGCAGCAGUUUGAAGCGCAGUUUGGAGCAGGCCCGCAUGGAGGUGUCGCAGGAGGAUGAUAAAGCUCUGCAGCUCUUGCACGACAUACGCGAGCAGAGCAACAAACUGCAGGAAAUCAAAGAACAGGAGUACCACGCUCAGCUGGAGGAAAUGCGUGUGUCUAUUCGUCAGCUGGAGGAGAACCUGUCGGCCGCUCGCCGCCGCAGUGACCUGUACGAAUCCGAGCUGAAAGAGUCUCGUCAGACCAGCGAGGAGCUCAAGAGGAAGGCUGUGGAAUACCAGCAGAAGAUUCAGAAGGCCAAAGAACAAGGCAAAGCUGAGAUGGAAGAACUUCUGACCAAAUUGCAGAAGACCAAUGCAGAGCAACAAGUGAAGACUGAAGAACUCCAGGAGAAGCUUGCCAAGGCUGUGAAGGCGAGCACAGAAGCCACUGAACUCCUGCAGAACGUCCGGCAGGCUAAAGAGCGUCUGGAGCGAGAUCUGGAGCGUCUGCAGACCAGAGAGGACUCGACCGACAGCCUGCGCAGACGCCUGCGAGAGACUGAGGAUGGGAAGAAAACCCUGGAGAACCAGGUGAAGAGGCUGGAGAUGGUGGAACGGAGAGAAACUAAACUCAAAGAAGACAUUCAGACCAAGUCGCAGCAGAUCCAACAGAUGGCCGACAAAAUCAUGGAACUCGAAGAGAACUUGCGUGAAACACAGGCAACAGCGCAGCGUAUGGAAACACACCUGGAACAGAAGAAAAAGCUUUAUGAAGACAAGAUCAAGGUUUUAGAGACUCAAAUGAAGGCUGAUUUGGCUGAAAAGGAACUGCUGGAGUCCAAGCAGAACACGUUUGAGGAGGAAUCUCGCGAGCGGGGAAAAGUGAUCAGCGACCAGGCAGCGACCAUCAAUGCCAUGGAGUCAAAGAUGAGCAACCUGGAGCAGAGGAUCGCUGAGCUGUCCGAGGCCAACAAACUGGCAGCAAACAGCAGCAUUUUCACGCAGCAAAACAUGAAAGCCCAGGAGGAGAUGAUCUCUGAACUCAGACAGCAGAAGUUUUAUCUGGAAUCUCAGGCAGGGAAACUGGAGGCCCAGAAUGCAAAGCUGGAGGAACAUCUGGAGAAACUGACACAACAAGAGCAGACUAACAAGAGCAGAGUGCUGGAACUGGAGGCCAGACUGAGAGAAAUGGGUCUGGAGCACGAGGAGCAGAAGCUGGAGAUCAAGAGGCAGGUGUCGGAGCUCACGCUGUCCCUGCAGGAGAGAGAAGCUCAGAUCAGCAGUCUGCAGGCGUCCCGGCGCGCUCUGGAGAACCAGCUACAACAGGCCAAGACCGAGCUGGAGGAGACCACCGCCGAGGCCGAGGAGGAGAUCACCGUCCUCCGGGCCCAUCGGGAUGAGAUCCAACGCAAGUUUGAUGCCCUGAGAGACAGCUGUGCGGUGAUCACGGAUCUGGAGGAGCAGCUGACGCAGCUGACGCAGGAAAACGCCGAUCUGAACCGACAGAACUUCUAUCUGUCCAAACAGCUGGACGAGGCCACAGACGAGAACGAGGAGAGACUGCAGCUCAAGCAGGACGUGGAGCGCAUGCGCCGGGAGGUGGCUGACCGAGAGAUGCACCUCAACAACCAGAAACAGAACAUGGAGACGCUGAAGACCACAUGUACGAUGCUUGAGGAGCAGGUGCUGGAGCUGGAGACGCUGAACGACGAGCUGCUGGAGAAGGAGAGACAGUGGGAGAACUGGAGAUCUGCCCUGGAGGAGGAGAAGAACCAGGCGGAGCGCCGAGCCAGAGACACACAGAGACAACUGGACAACGAGAAGCAGAACAGACUCCGUGCAGAGCAGCGUAAUUCUGAGUCUCGUCAGAGCGUUGAACUGGCGGUCAAAGAGCACAAAGCUGAAAUCCUGGUCCUGCAACAGGCCCUGAAAGACCAGAACCUCAAAGCUGAAGGUCUUUCUGAUACGCUGAGUGAUCUGGAGAAGAAACAUGCCAUGCUGGAGAUGAACGCGCGCAGCCUGCAGCAGAAGCUGGAGACGGAGCGAGAGCUCAAACAGAGGCUCAUGGACGAGCAAGCAAAACUGCAGCAGCAGCUGGACAUGCAGAAGAGCCACAUCUUCAGACUGACUCAAGGACUUCAGGACGCGCUGGACCAGACGGACCUUCUGAAGACCGAGCGGACAGACCUGGAGUACCAGCUGGAAAACAUACAGGCGGCGUACUCUCACGAGAAGGUCAAGAUGGAGGGGACCAUCACCCAGCAGACCAAACUCAUAGACUUCCUGCAGGCCAAGGUAGAGCACCCCUCUAAGAAGAAAAAGGGGCUGUUCGGCGGCCGGCGUCGAGAGGAUCUGCUGGCAGCGCUGGCGGCGCAGGGACAGACGCAGGUGCCCGCUGUGACCCCUGUUCCCCUGCAGUACAACGACCUGAAGGUGGCGCUGGACAAGGAACGCACUCGAUGCUCGGAGCUGGAGGAAGCCCUGCAGAAAACACGGAUGGAGCUCAGAGAGGUUCAGUUUAAUAAAGCCCUGGAGCACAGCAGUACUCCAGCCACUCCGGGUUUGGCUCGUCAGCAGCUCAUGAUGUCCACUAAAUCCAACAAAUCCCCCGAGCACCAGCCCAGCAGCGGCCUGAUGUCUUCCAGCUCCGGCCGCAGGAAGGACGCGGCCAAUCCUGAAGAAAUAAGGAGAGCCACGUCUGAAAAGUACACCAGACGAGUGAAGGACAGGAUUCAUCACAGCACUCCUCAUCGCUUCACACAGGGGCUCAACAUGAGGGCGGCCCGCUGCACCGUCUGUCUGGACACUGUCCAUUUCGGACGGCAAGCUGCGACAUGCAUCGAAUGUCAUGCUUUGUGCCACCCAAAAUGCUCCCCGUACCUCCCAGCCACCUGUGGCGUGCCCACCGAGUACGCGCUGCACCUGUCCGAGGCUCUGUGUCGGGAAAAGGGAAGCUCCUCUGGUCUGAAAGAUGCUGGUGGACAUAUGAGGCUGGAAGGAUGGCUGAAGCAGCCCAGAAAUGGGAAGCGUGGUCAGGGCUGGGAGAGGAAGUACGUGGUGCUGGAUGGAUAUAAAGUGAUCACGUACGAGACCGAACCAAGAGACGAGUCAGUGAAGGCUCUGGAUGAGUUUGAGCUGUGUCUCUCUGAUGGAGACGUGACUGUUCAUUCUGCUGUCGGUACUUCUGAGCUGCCCAACACAGCCAAGACAGAUGUGCCGUAUGCACUGAAGUUGGAGUCGUCUCCGCAGUCGACAUGCUGGCCCGGUCAGACUCUGUACCUCAUGACCUCUGGGUUUUCUGAGAAGCAGCGCUGGGUGGCCGUGCUGGAAGCCAUUGUGGCCAGCAGUCGUGGGGCGAGAGAGAAAGCCGAAGCAGACGCUAAAUUGUUGGGUAACUCCUUACUCAAGCUAGAAGGAGAUGAUCGUCUGGAUAUCAACUGCACCCUCCCGCUGACUGACCAGAUUGUGUUGGUGGGCUCUGAGGAAGGGCUCUAUGCCCUGAAUGUGAUUAAGAACUCCCUAACUCACAUCCCAGGUAUGGGAUCCGUGUUUCAGAUCCAUAUCAUCAAGGAGCACGACAAGCUGCUGAUGAUCGUGGGGGAUGAGCGGGCACUGUGUCUGAUGGAGAUUAAGAAAGUGAAACAGUCUCUGUCCCAGUCUCACCUCCCUACACUACCUGAGAUUGUGCCAUAUAUCUUUGAGACCGUCAAGGGCUGUCAUCUGUUCGCCGCGGGCAGGAUAGAAAAUGGUCCGUGCAUUUGUGCUGCAAUGCCUAACAAAGUCACAAUACUGCGAUACAACGACAAUCUGAACAAAUUCUGUAUACGGAAGGAGAUUGAAACACUCGAGCCAUGCAGCUGUAUCCACUUCACCAGCUACAGCAUCAUCAUUGGUACCAAUAAAUUCUACGAGAUUGAGAUGAAGCAGUGUGUUCUGGACGAGUUCCUGGACAAGAAUGACGUGUCGCUGGCAUCGGCUGUGUUCACUGGUUCCUCCCACUGUUUCCCAAUCUCCAUCGUCCAGGUGUCCAGCACUCCACAGAAGGAAGAAUAUCUGCUCUGCUUCCACGAGAUUGGUGUGUUUGUGGAUGCUUACGGUCGAAGAAGUCGCCCCGAGGAUCUCAAAUGGAGUCGACUUCCCCUGACAUUUGCGUUCAGAGAGCCAUAUCUGUUUGUGACCUACUUCAACUCGCUGGAUGUUAUUGAGAUUCAGGGACAUGCAGCUCUUGGACCUUCCAGUCUUGUUCACCUGGACAUUCCUAACCCCCGUUAUCUGGGUCCGGCCAUAUCGUCUGGUGCCAUCUAUCUGGCCUCAUCCUAUCAGAAUAAACUGCGGGUCAUCUGCUGUAAGGGCAGCCUGGUGCGGGAGUCUGGGGAACUGCAGAGGACCGGUUCAAGCAGGAGCAGCCCCAACAAGCGCGGGCCGCCCACCUACAACGAGCACAUUUCCAAGCGCCUGGCCUCGGGUCCCGGGGCCCAGGAGGGGCCUCUGCACCGCGAGCCCAGCACCCCUCACCGAUACCGCGAGGGCCGCACGGAGUUCAGGAGGGACAAAUCUCCGGCCCGGCCUCUGGAGCGCGAGAAGUCGCCCGGUCGGGCUGUGCUAGACAGCCGCAGGGAGAGAUCGCCCGGGCGCUUCGAGAGCAGCGGCAGCGAGAGAGACCGGGAGCGUUCACGCCAUCACACUAGCUCUGUUCGCACCCAGCUGACUCCCGUCAACAAGGUACGCAUGAGACACUGCCACGCAAACUGUGUAUCCUUCUAGGGAUACAGACAUUAGGUUUGACGAUGUUCAUGCAUGCUCAAAUGCAUGAACAUCCGCUGCUUUGUAGUUAAAUUCCUUCUAGUUAUGGCCUCAAACAGGAUGCUCAGUUAAUGUCCAGCCUUUAAAAAAAAAAGUCUCUGGGAAAAGACAUUAAAAUCGGCAUCCUUUGCAACAGUAAUGAUGUUUCUGAGCUGAUCUGCGUCAGACAGGGCAGGCAGCCUGUUGAAGUGUUGAAGUGACCUCUUUAUCCUGGUGGUGGUGUAGGUUUGGGACCAGUCUUCAGUCUGAAAGCGUCCCGGAGGGAUGACGUAAGAGCCAUCGUCCACCUCCCGCGUGGAUGGACUUGCCCUUUUAACAGGUGCUUCGUAAAACUCUGAACUAUAUCAUCUCAUGCCUGUAACCGUGAACAGAGCAAUGUUAUUCACUCGCAGCCCCAGAGUCUGGGACAUUGUGCUGAUGUUGUACACUCUGUUCAUGCUGUAACCCAUUCAUGAAGGUCCAAUGUAAAGAAAAACAAUGCGAUUUUUUUGGGGAAGACACUUUGGAGGAAUAUCCUGGGUUCAGUACUGCAAGAUUUUAGCCAAUUUUAACUUCAUUUAGUGAAAUGAUCCAAUUUUUGUUUAUUUAUUUUUAUGCACUUUAUCUAUUAGUAUGGAGGGAUACUCGGGGCAGUUAAAAAAAAAAAAGAAUUGCAAAUUGUGAUUUCCAUAUGUGGAUGCAUAAAUUGCGACAAUCCAAAUGCAAUUAUAAGGAGACAUUUACAAGCACAAUUUAAUUUAUCGGAAUACAGUAAGUAGCUUACACAAGGUUGGCAGGUUACAUGCACGAUGCAGACAGAGUGAAAAAGCUAAUUUGUUAAUUAAUAUUGCUGUUUAAAUAUGACAGGCUCAUAACUCGUAAGACAAAUGGACUUUUCACUGUGCGUAAAGUGAAAAUGCAAACAGUAAUGCAAGAUUUGCAAUUGCAUUUGGAUUAUGUCACAAUGCAUGUGUCCGCAUGGAAACGUAAUUGAAUACACAAUUUGCAAUUCCUUUUGAAAAUUGCCCUGAAUAUUCUUCCAUAAUAAGUAUCAGUAGAUUUCAAUUAUAAUACACUGGACAUUUUCUCAAAUUGAGUUUUCAGUCUUCAGCAGCAAUUUUACGGUUUCAUUCCCAUCUAAAUUCUAAGGGCCGUUUCAUAGUCAACGCAUCUGUACGCAUGCGCGUCCCCGAGGCUACGCAUCGUUACGCUUCGGCCGCCAUUAUGCGUCAGUGCGUAGCCAAAUGUGUCAUCCUAGUUUUUGAUACGCGACGCGCCGAUGCACGCAAUACUAUGCAUUGUCGGUGGGGACGACAUUGCAAGUAUUGUACAUUAAUUCAAGUAUAUUGUGUUUACAGAAGAAGAAGGUUUGACUACAAUGGCAGGCGAAGAGGAAAAAUUAUGCGAACUUAUACGUAUUCAUCCACAUUUAUCUCUGCGUUGCCUUUGUUGCCGCUGAUGUAAAAUCAGCAACAGAAUGCCAUUGUGAUCUGAAUAUCACGCGACCCGACUCUACUAAUAUCACCCGACUCUACUACCCCCUGUUGCGUGAGCGGUGUAUUGCAUACACGCAUUGCCCGUGACGCUUACGUCCACUGUUUAGACUAUGAAAACGAGCGCGUCGCUCGCAUUGCUUGCUCGUUUCUCGCGUUGACUAUGUAAGGGCCCUAAAGAUUUUUACAGAAUUUUUUUUCUAAACACUGAUUUUUUUUUUUUCUUUUUCACCAAUUCUUCAUUAAAAUAUAUUUAUUGGUCUUAAUCAUCCACUUAGUGGUAGGACUAGUUUAGGUUGUGUUUCGUUCAUGUAAACGGGCUCAUUGUAUUAUCCCCGUGUGAAAAUGAUCAAUUUACUGACCUUGACCAGCACUGAUGAGGUUAGUAAGCAAUUGCAUCUCAUAUUAAAAAUGUACUUCUAUUGUGUUUUCCUGAAACCACCAUUUUUUGUUUAGUUGAAAUCAAGAUCUGUGGUAACUGACACCACACCACAAAUGUUGUACAUUUAACUCAGAAUAUUCCUUCAACUUAAUCACGUGACUAGCACUUUGUAAAUAUAGUGAUUUAAAUUUUUAUAGCUGAACGGAACUUGACUGAUGAAGCUACGAAGUCUAUUUUUUAUGCUAUUAAAAUGUUUGUAUAGACAGUUGAAAUGGGUUUCCUACAGAAAAGUACAGAAAAGGUUUUAUUUCAAUGUAUGUUGUAUGCUAAUGUGGUAAACAGUCAAUUCGGCUGCUCUUAAAUUUGUCCAGUUUUUUAAGCUCUAUUUGACUGACACUACCGAACCUACUGCACAUUGUAUAUUUUUAUGCUAAUAGAGUCUGAGCUUGUAAAUCUUUUUAAAGAGACACGUCAUGUUCUCGCUACAAGUGUCCUUGUGAUGUUCAAGUGAACUUAUCGUAUUUUCGUCGGAAAUAACGAAGCUUUCGUCGACACACGCGCACACAGCAACGGUUCCUCGGGGCUCUUCUGGAAAUUUCUGCUGCUUAUCCGUUAACGGACGUCCUGCUCAGCUGUGACGUGAAAUAAUGUCCGGUAGCCCUCAGGGUUUGUGGAAGAUCUUCUGUCGUUCCGCGUGGAAUAUGAAAACGGCUCAGAGGCAUUUUGAGUUCAUGGAUAAUUGUAAGCAAACGCCUGAGUGAUCAUAUCAAACGCAUGAGUAAAUUCUGACUUGGUUUUGGGACGUCCCGUCAUGUAUUACUACCUUAAUAUUGAUAAUCGAUGUUUUUCAACUAACAAGGCUGCUUACCUUGAACUUUCUUUUUGUAUAAAGAAAUGAAGCUAUAAUAAACACUAUUAAAGUAUGAGCCAUACCUAGUU